CGUCUCGCUCCACACAUGUCUUCCCAGGACGGUUCUCUGGUCGCCGGACCGGGGCGCUGCUGCUCCGCGGUCCCCUUCUGCUGCUCGGCCUCCGGCCAUACCUCGAAUGCCCUGGAGCCAGCGCGUGAGCGCGCCGCCGGCCCCUGGAGCAGCCAUGACCAGCGUGACGCCGAGGAGGCUGACACCCGGCUGCUGAUUGCGGAGCUUUGCAAGCAGUUCUACCACCUUGGCUGGGUCACAGGCACUGGCGGCGGCGUGAGCAUCCGCGACGGACACAAUAUCUACAUUGCGCCUUCCGGCGUGCAAAAGGAGCGCCUGCACCCAAUCAACAUGUUUGUCCUGGACUAUCCGAGCUUCCAGCCGCUGAUCAGCCCCCCGGCUUGCAGCGGGCCCUUGCGCCCAUCGCAGUGCACGCCGCUCUUCCUGGCGGCCUACCGCAUCGGCAUCGACCGUCCCGGGGCCGAGGUCGGGUCGGUCAUCCACACCCACAGCCCGGAGGCCGUGGACGUGACCAUCCUGUGCGAGUUGCGCGGCGAGGAUGCCUUCGUCAUCACGCAUCAUGAAAUGAUCAAGGGCAUUCGGCGCAACAGCGGCGAAUAUCACCGCUACCAGGAUGAGCUUGUCAUCCCGAUCAUCGACAACACCCCGCAGGAGCGUGACCUUGAGGAGUCCCUGUCCGAGGCCAUUCGCCGGCAUCCCGAGGCACCGGCGGUCCUGGUCCGGCGCCAUGGUCUCUACGUGUGGGGACGUUCCUGGCGCGAUGCCAAGACCCAAUGUGAGUGUCUGGAUGCCCUGUUCAAUGCAACCAUCCGGGCGCGGCUGCUGGGAUGCGACAUGCGCUUCCCGCCGGCUGGCAGCAAGUACUUGCACGACCGCAAGUCCACCGAGGCCGGGCCUCUGCGCUUCCCGGAGCCCCAGCAACAGUAGACACCCUCCGGAGGGCUGGAGGAUGCACGAAGAGGGUGAAAGUUCAAAAUGCUUAUGGACGAGGAAUGUCCGUUUCCAUGGUCUUCUUCCCUCUCCCAUUUCAGCAGGCGCGACCGCCUUGAAAAUAGAGAUCCCCACAGGUGGGAGCACCCUGCCACCGAGCCCUGUGCCAUACUCUCUCUCUCUCUCCCCCCCCUCUUUUUCU